UCCAAUUCUCUGAAUGCAGGAAAGCAUCCCCCUUGCCAAAAAAAAGGAAGUCUCGCCCCUGGUGCCAAUGAAAUGUGAAAGGGCUGCCGAGGGGCGGCGCGCUGCGCGGCCCGGCUGCAGAGAAAGGGGUGGAGGCGCGCGCCGGCUCGCGGGAGAGCGCAGCAUGACGGGGUCGCGCCGGCGGAGCCAUGCGCGCGGGCUGCACGCCCUCCGACUGCCAGAGGAGGGAGGCUGAAAAAUCUCUUGCCUUCAAUUGACUUGAGUCAGUGUUAACAGAACGGAGCUGAGCUCUGGAGCGGCAGGAAAAGAACAUCCCCACAGCCUUAUUUAGUUAUUUUUAUUUUGGAGUGGGAAAAGGGGGGCGUGGGGGAAGAAAAGAGAGACUGUGAUCCAUAUUGUGAACUACAGCCAGAAUUAUGUAUCACCCUUGGCCCUGCAAGAAAAGCUGCUGAAGGCACCUUUUUAAACAUUUUUUUUUCCCUGCUGUUUUCUCUUUCUCUGGGAUAUUUACUGCUUUCGGGAUUCCCCCCUCCCCUUCUUCUCUCUUCUUGAAAUAUGGUGCAGUUGUGAAAGCCAGGCGAGAGGGAGCCUUGUCAGAAUGUCCAACCACUGCUGCAAAUCUACACCAGGUUCCCAGCCAACCUCUUGAUGCUCUCUACAUUUCUGCUUUACAAAUAUGAUGAAAUGGCAGCCCCGGAAGAAGGCAUACUUCCGACAGGGUGUUGCUCUCCAGUAUCUCGGCCGCCAUGCAGAUGCGCUGGCUGCAUUUGCAUCUGGGCUGGCCCAAGAUCCAAAAAGCUUGCAGCUGCUGGUCGGGAUGGUGGAAGCUGCUAUGAAGUCUCCACUACGAGAAUCCCUGGAACCAACCUAUCAGAAGCUACAGAAAAUGAAGUUGGACAAAAGCCCUUUUGUUGUCGUAUCUGUCAUUGGCCAGGAGCUUUUGACAGCAGGACAUCACAGUGCAUCUGUAGUUGUUCUGGAAGCUGCCUUGAAAAUUGGAACGUGCAGCUUGAAACUUCGUGGGUCAGUGUUCUCGGCUCUAAGCAGUGCUUACUGGGCAUUAGGGAAUACAGAGAAGAGUAUUGGCUAUAUGCAGCAGGACUUCGAUGUAGCCAAGACUUUAGGUGACCAUACGGGCGAGUGUCGAGCCCAUGGCAAUCUGGGAUCGGCAUUCUUCUCCAGCGGCAACUACCGAGAGGCCCUAAACAACCACCGUCUCCAGCUAGUGCUGGCCAUGAAGCUAAAAGAUCGUGAGGCAGCCUCUUCAGCAUUGAGCAGUUUGGGUCAUGUCUACACAGCCAUCGGAGACUACCCAAAUGCACUGGCCAGUCACAAACAGUGUGUCCUUCUAGCUAAACAAUCCAAAGACGAACUCUCGGAAGCCAGAGAACUGGGCAAUAUGGGAGCUGUUUACAUUGCAAUGGGUGACUUUGAAAAUGCAGUGCAGUGCCAUGAACAGCACCUCAGAAUUGCGAAGGAACUGGGCAACAAGCGAGAGGAAGCAAGGGCUUACAGUAACCUCGGCAGUGCCUAUCACUACAGGAGGAACUUUGACAAAGCAAUGUCCUAUCAUAACCACGUGCUGGAAUUAGCACAGGACCUAGACGAGAAGGCAAUUGAAAUGAGAGCGUAUGCAGGGCUGGGUCAUGCAGCGCGAUGCAUGCAGGAUUUGGAGAGAGCAAAGCAGUACCAUGAGCAACAGUUGAAUAUUGCAGAGAACCUGAAGGAUCGUGCAGCAGAAGGACGGGCCUCCUCUAAUCUUGGUAUAAUACACCAGAUGAAAGGAGAUUAUGAAAGUGCACUGAAACUCCACAAGACUCACCUCUCCAUUGCUCAGGAGCUCAAUGAUUAUGCUGCACAAGGAAGAGCCUAUGGGAAUAUGGGUAAUGCCUAUAAUGCCCUGGGAAUGUAUGACCAAGCAGUGAAGUACCACCGCCAGGAGUUGCAGAUCUCCAUGGAAGUUAAUGACCGGGCAUCGCAAGCAUCAACCCACGGUAAUCUCGCUGUUGCCUACCAGGCUCUGGGUGCCCAUGAUAGGGCUUUGCAGCACUAUCAAAACCAUUUAAACAUAGCACGAGAGUUACGGGAUAUACAAAGUGAAGCUCGGGCACUUAGCAACCUAGGUAACUUCCACUGUUCAAGAGGAGAGUUCAUCCAGGCUGUUCCAUAUUAUGAGCAAUAUCUGCGCUUGUCUCCUGACCUACAAGAUAUGGAGGGAGAAGGAAAAGUAUGUCACAACCUUGGCUAUGCUCAUUACUGUCUGGGAAACUACCAAGAGGCUGUGAAAUAUUACGAACAAGAUUUAGCUCUAGCCAAGGACUUGCAUGAUAAACUUAGUCAGGCAAAGGCCUACUGUAAUUUGGGCCUCGCAUUUAAAGCCCUUGGUAAUUACGCUAAAGCAGAAGAAAGUCAGAAGUAUGUCCUAUCAUUAGCCCAGUCCCUAAACAACUCUCAAGCCAAAUUUAGAGCUUUAGGCAACCUUGGUGAUAUCUUUGUGUGCAAGAAAGAUGUGAACGGUGCUGUUAAGUUCUAUGAACAGCAGUUGACUUUGGCUCAUCAAGUUAAAGACCGGAAGCUUGAAGCCAGUGCUUAUGCCGCACUGGGUACUGCAUACAGACUAAUACAGAAAUACGACAAAGCAUUAGGAUAUCAUACACAAGAGCUUGAGGUCUAUCAAGAACUGAGUGACUUGCUGGGCGAGUGUAAAGCACAUGGCCACCUUGCAGCAGUCUACAUGGCACUUGGUAAAUAUACCAUGGCCUUCAAAUGUUACGAAGAACAGUUGGAGUUGGGACAGAAGCUAAAAAAUCCCAAUAUUGAGGCACAAGUUUAUGGCAACAUGGGAAUCACCAAAAUGAACAUGAAUGUAAUGGAAGAUGCUAUUGGCUACUUUGAGCAGCAGCUCGCUACACUGCAGCAGUUGAGCGGCAAUGAUGCAGUUCUGGAUAGAGGACAUGCCUAUGGAAAUCUGGGAGAUUGCUAUGAAGCAUUAGGAGAUUACGAGGAAGCUGUCAAAUAUCAUGAGCAGUACUUAUCAGUGGCUCAGAGUUUAAAUCGGAUGCAAGAACAAGCCAGAGCCUAUCGGGGACUUGGGAAUGGGCAUCGGGCGAUGGGGAACCUUCAGCAAGCUCUUGUGUGUUUUGAAAAGAGAUUGGUAGUAGCCCAUGAACUUGGAGAAUCAUCCAACAAAGCCCAAGCUUAUGGGGAGCUUGGCAGCUUACACAGCCAGCUAGGAAACUAUGAACAGGCCAUUUCUUGCCUUGAACGCCAACUAAACAUUGCCCGUGAGAUGAAGAAUCGAAUUCUGGAGAGUGAUGCUGCCUGUGGUCUUGGCGGAGUUUACCAACAGAUGGCGGAAUAUGAAACUUCACUGCAGUACCAUCAGCUUGAUUUAGAGAUUGCAGAGGAAACCAAUAACCCUACAUGUCAAGGUCGUGCCUAUGGUAACCUCGGAUUGACCUAUGAAUCUUUGGGAAAUUAUGAACGAGCUGUAAUGUAUCAGGAGCAGCAUCUGAGUAUUGCUGCCCAGAUGAAUGACUUAGUGGCCAAAACUAUUGCAUACAGCAGCCUGGGGAGAACACACCAUGCCUUACAGAACUACUCACAGGCUGUCAUGUAUUUACAGGAAGGACUGAGGCUGGCAGAGCAGCUUGGCCGCAGAGAGGAUGAGGCUAAAAUUAGACAUCGACUGGGCCUUUCGCUGUGGGUCAGCAGAAACCUUGAAGAGGCACAACACCAGCUUUAUAGAGCAUCUGCCUUAUUUGAAAAUAUACGUCAUGAAGCACAGCAUAGCACGGAUUAUAAGCUUUCAUUGUUUGACCUUCAAACGUCAUCCUACCAAGCUUUACAACGUGUAUUGGUUAGUCUGGGUCGUCAUGAUGAGGCAUUAGCAGUAGCAGAGAGGGGAAGAACAAGGGCAUUUGCAGAUCUCUUAGUAGAAAGGCAAACUGGACAGCAAGAAUCUGACCCAUUGACUCCUGUCACAAUUGACCAGAUUCUGGAGGCCAUCAAUAAUCAACGUAGUCUGGUGUUAUACUAUUCACAAGCAGCUGGAUACCUCUACAGUUGGUUACUGGCACCAGGAGCAGGAAUAUUAAAGUUUCAUGAGUGCUAUUUGGGUGAUGGCCUAGCGGAAAACAGCAACGAUUUUAAUGAAACAAGCAGCAUCAACCUGCAGGCUUCCAGUUUCUCUACCCUCGAACAAUAUGUGACCAAUGUUCGAGAAGCACUUGGCGUUGACUCCUACUAUACCAGUAGGAUGUGUUCGAAUAGUGAGACAGAGAGUGAGGCUGGAGAUCUUCUUGACCAACAUUUUGAAGAGAUGAACAAUAAACUGACUUCCAUCACUGAUCCAACAGGAUUCCUUAGGAUGGUCAGCAGGAACAAUCUCUUCAACAGGAGCUGUCAAAGUAUGAGCAGUCUGUUCAGCAGCAACACUUCAGGCCUUCAAGACUCCACCUCAUCUUUGCCUCGUAAACAGAACUCAGUCGAUAAGCAACCUCUUCGUGCUCUCUAUGACCUCCUCAUUUCCCCAAUGGAAGGGGGAUUGAUGCAUUCCAGUGGACCUGUUGGCCGACACCGUCAGCUUGUGUUAGUCCUAGAAGGGGAAUUAUACCUCAUUCCAUUUGCUCUACUGAAAGGGAGCUCUUCGAAUGAAUAUCUGUAUGAACGGUUCAGUAUCAUCGCUGUUCCCUCAAUCCGGGCUCUUCAAGGAAGCCCCAGGUCCCAUCUUCGAAAGAGCACAUCUGUGUGCAGCUCCUCUACCUCAAUGGCAGCUGUAAUAGGUAAUCCCACACUUCCGUCCGCAGUAAUGGACCGGUGGCUCUGGGGACCCAUGCCUUCUGCUGAGGAAGAGGCCUACAUGGUUUCAGAGCUGCUGGGCUGCCAGCCCUUGGUAAGCACGGCCGCUACCAAGGAAAGGGUGAUGAGCAUGCUCAGUCAGGCAGAAUGCAUUCAUUUUGCAACCCACAUUUCCUGGAAACUAGCUGCUUUGGUCCUCACACCAAAUAACGAAGGAAGCACCAUUGGUGGGAAGAGUUCCAUUGGAAACAGCUACACAAUUCCAGAGUCUCUGAGAAUGCAAGAUGAUGCUAGUGAUGUGGAGAGCAUAACUGACAGCCCUCCGCUGCAGGAGUUCUUAUUGACAGCAGCUGACAUCCUGGAACUGCACCUUCCUGUCAAGUUGGUCGUUCUUGGCUCCUACCAAGAGUCGAACAAUAAAGUAACAGCGGAUGGCAUUAUUGGGCUGACGCGGGCCUUUCUAGCUGCAGGAGCGCACUGUGUUUUGGUUUCUCUUUGGCCGGUUCCUGUGGCUGCAUCCAAGAUGUUUGUCCACACCUUCUACUCCUCUCUGCUCAAUGGAAUGAAAUCCAGUGCAGCGCUUGGGGAAGCCAUGAAGAUAGUGCAGAGCAGCAAGCAGUUUGCACAUCCUUCAAACUGGGCAGGUUUCACGCUUAUUGGAAAUGAUGUUAAAUUGAACAGCCCCUCAUCUCUUAUUGGUCAGGCACUGUCUGAAAUCCUCCAACAUCCUGACCGUGCUCGGGAUGCUCUCCGUGUUCUGCUGCACUUGGUGGAGAAGUCACUGCAGCGAAUCCAGAAUGGCCAGCGGAAUUCCAUGUACACCUCCCAGCACAGUGUCGAGAACAAAGUGGGAGGUGUCCCAGGUUGGCAGUCACUCCUUACUGCAGUAGGAUUCAGGCUUGACCCUCCGACGAGUGGACUGCCAGCUGCUGUCUUCUUUCCAGUGUCAGACCCUGGAGAUCGGCUUCAGCAGUGCAGCACCACACUCCAGUCACUCCUAGGGUUGCCCCAUGCUGCACUGCAAGCUCUCUGCAAACUUAUAACAGCUUCAGAGACAGGAGAACAGCUUAUUAAUCGGGCUGUAAAAAAUAUGGUUGGAAUGCUCCAUCAAGUACUUGUUCAGCUUCAGACCGGCGAGAAGGAACAGGAUUUUUCUUCAGCUCCGAUUCAAGUGUCUAUAAGUGUUCAGCUCUGGCGACUGCCAGGGUGUCAUGAGUUCCUGGCAGCAUUAGGUUUUGACCUGUGCGAGGUGGGACAAGAGGAAGUGGUGUUGAAGACGGGCAAACAGGCAAACAGAAAAACCAUGCACUUUGCUCUCCAGUCUUUGCUUGCUUUGUUUGAUUCCACAGAACUGCCCAAACGACUCAGUCUCGACAGCUCCUCAUCCCUGGAGUCUCUGUCCUCCUCUCAGUCAGUUUCCAAUCCAACGGGACAGCUAAACCCACCAUUUUCUCCCACUUACGGAGAGUCCAUGGCUUCUGACGCCAUUUCUGUCUACAGCCUCAGUUCCAUCGCCUCCUCAAUGAGCUUUGCUUCGAAGACUGACGUGACUGGUGAAGGAAUGCUGCAAAGGGGCCGACAGGACUAUGAAAGACCCAAGAACAUUUACCCACACAAGGCCGCCAUGCUACGUAGUAGGUCUUCUCCACAGGCAAGUAACACAAGCCGAGAUGAUGAGGAGUAUGAGGGAUUCUCCAUUAUUAGCAGUGAGCCAUUAAGUGUCUACACUGACACUGUCAGUGUAUCUGCCUCACCCAACAAAGAAAGGACUACAGAACAGGUAGAACACUGCCAUAAUUUUGAGGAAAGCCACACAUUCAAAGGCAAUACCAGUGCUUCCAGUUCUCCUGUCAAAAUAACGCUCAUUCCGAGUCCAAACUCACCAUUUCAGAAGGUGGAAUCCAGAAAUAAACUUCCAAGUUCGGACACGGGAGAAUCAGAUCAGUCCAGCACAGAAACAGAUAGCACGGUUAAAUCCCAGGAGGAUAAGGUGACUAAACUUAAUCCUCAGGAGCUGGCACAAAAGAUUUUGGAGGAGACUCAAAGCCACUUGCUUGCUGUUGAGAAAUUGUAUCAAAGUGGUGGACCAGCAAGCAAAACCAGUUCAGCUGAAGUGGACCAUGGUGCAACAGGGCAUCACGGUUCUUCAGCUUUUAAAUCUUCAGAUACAAGUGCGUUCAGUAGACCACAGAAUGGCACCGGGCAGAAAAAGCAGUCUUCACCAAUAACCGCAAAACCAAAGCCUCCAACACGGAGCUCAUCACUGCAGAAGGUGAACUCAGGAAGCAACACUCCUACCAGUGACAUCAUUGAAGUAGGUCAGUCAGCAGGGGACUGCUACCCUAAAGGGAGUGAGAGCAGACAGACCACAGCAACAUCUUCACCCAUUGGGGAUUUGCGCCGGUCCCCAGGUUCUUUGCGCCAGUCCCCAGGUUCUUUGCGCCAGUCCCCGGGUUCUUUGCGCCAGUCCCCGGGUUCUUUGCGCCAGUCCCCGGGUUCUUCGUCUGAUCAAUCACCAAUCAAGCUCAAAUACCCCAGCUCCCCUUACAGUGCUCACAUCUCCAGGUCUCCAAGCUCAGGUCACCAGUCUCCAGCUGGGAGUAACCCAUCUCCUGCCCUUUCAUACUCAUCGGCAGGCUCAGCACGCUCGAGCCCCGCUGAUAUCCCUGACCUGAGCAAAUUGAAAAUGACUGCCAUUGACGAGAAGGUCAAGGCUGUCCACAACCUCAAAACCUUUUGGACUAGUGCGACACAGCCUUCAUCCAGACCUGUUCGAGCUCUGCGUUCCAACCCUGCUCUUAUAGGCUCCAAAGCUGAUGCUCUAAGUUAUUUGAAUCUUUCACCAGCCAGACGCGGCAAGAAGGAAGGAAAGGAGGAUAAACUUGAACUUAAGGAGUUUUCCAAGCUCCCGUACACAGACAAGAAAGCCCAAAAUGGGCGAGGUGGUUACCAGGAGACCAGCAAACCAGCAGAAACUAUGCAGCCACCAAGUAUCACUCAGAGAGAAGCACGUCCACUGAGAUUCCCAUCUGGGAAUGGUUAUAAAUUUCUGUCUCCGAGAAAAUUCUUUCCCACCUCAAAGUGCUGAAAUGAUCCCCAACCAGUCAGAAGAAGUUUUCGAUUGCCCACUUGACAUUGUGGGACUAGCAUGUGUAAGCCAAUUGUGUUGGACAUGCGCUGUUUGUAAACAGACCCUGUGUGUUGCGUGAACAGUGCUAAAGUUUUUAUACUGUUAAAUGAAAAAAAAGCAAAAAAAAACUACUGUGUAAAAAUGUCAUAUUUUUAUUGAAUCCAGAAGUGGCAUUUUGCCCUGUUUCUUAGUCAUUUAAUGGUUGAUAACAAUUUAUAAAUGUCAAAAAUCAAAUUGGAAUGUCAGUCUGCAAUCAGAAGUAUUUGUUGCAAAAAGAAAAUAAACUAGGCUUGUCAGUUUUAGGUCACGCCCAAUUUUUAUUGUAAGUGAUUUUAAAAAAAUGUAUUAUGUUCAGCAAAUUUUUGAUGUCCCACAUGUUGUCAUCUUGCAGCAGCAAUGGUAAGCAAUUUAAUUCCUAUUCUGAUCAGAAAGCAUGCUCUGAAGGCUGCACCAUGCACUCCAUAUUAUCACUUGAGAAUUCUUCCAACUAUUGAUACAGCUGCAUUUCACCAGCCUCUUCCCCUACUCCCACAAAUUAACUAUUCCUCAGUAAAUCCAUCCAUCCCUGUGGUGCAUUGAGCAAGGGCUUCUUGAAUGCACUUCACUGGCAUGGUGAAGGUUUUUACUGAUUGUUACAAAUGAAGUUGAGCUGUGGCUAUAGGCGUAUGCCUGCCAUUUGAGGCUGAGAUUCAAUUCCCCAAAUUGUUUUUUCAGAGCCCAGAGUCUUGGAGAUGGAAAUUCUGAUUUAGAGCUUUGCUGAAAUAUUUUGCGGGUCAUGGACCACACUCCAUUCUACAAGCAGAAAUGCACUUUUUAUCUUAUGAUGUGAUCAGUGAUGAAGAUCUUCAAUCUAUUAUAAGCAACAAAGCAAAUCUCAGAAUUACAUCUAGGGUGCUAUUUCCUCCCUGGACCUACUGCAUCUUCUGAUCUUCCACUUAUUUUUGAUGACAUAAAAUAACAAAUUUACAACACCACUUUGGUAAUUUCUGGUGUCUCAAUGCUUCAUUGCUUGGCGAAUUGCUGUCAAAUUGAUGAGAAACUUCGCAAAUGGUUAUGUCUGUAUGUGUUUUCUAUAUAUGUGUGUGUGUGUGUGUGCGCGCGCGUGAUAACAUUUAUCCAGAUCAGGGAGAGAAGAAAGGGCAGAAAUACCUAAAACUUUCAAGCCUAAAGAUGUCAGUGUGUCUGUUAACUAUACUCCUAAUGGUUUUUACAUCAAAUUCAAGAAUAAGUGUUGUGCAAUUUCCAAAGUAAGCAACAAGGGAAAGAAUAAUGGAUGCAGCAACCAUAGAGUUACUGCUCUGCUUACUUCAUGUUGUGGCAGCUUAUCAUUUCAUUGUGUGCUAUAAUAUGAGCCGAACCUUUUCAUGCUGAUGGAUCUUGUGUACUGUACACCAGGGGGCAGACUUACAGUAUUUUUACCAGCUUGUCCCAUCACUCCAGUACCAAUCCACUAUGACCUGCUGCUUCUCAUGAUAAUGAUUUAACAUCAGCAAGAUUGAUUAUUGUGCUUUAUUUCAGUGUCUUGCAAGAUUAAUCUUUUUUUUCGUUUUUCUUCUCAUUUUGUUUUUUUUUAAAUUUCCUUGAGGAACAUGCAUUUAUAUUCUACAGAAUGUUUAUAUGCAUAUCCUCAAUGAGCAUCAAUCCUUUUGAUUGUAACCUGACUUUCAAACACUAUGCCAUAUCCGUUGUUAAACUGUAACGUUACACCACCACAGUGCUGCUUGGCUCUGCCUCAACCUUAGUCAAGAUUAGAGUGGUGCUGGAAAAGCACAGCCGGUCAGGCAGCAUCA